AUGUCUCAUCUAUCCAUCGUUCCAAACGCCGACUUCACCCAUAUCCUCAGAAUCCAGAACACCAACGUUAAAGGUAAAGACAAGGUUAUGUUCGCUCUCACCGCCAUCAAGGGUCUUGGUCAGAGAUUCUCCAACUUAGUUCUCAAGUUGGCUGAGAUCGACCUCAACAAGAGAGCAGGAGAAUUGACUGAGGCUGAAAUCGAACAAAUCAAUAAAAUCAUUUCCAACCCAACCGAGUGGGGAGUCCCAAAGUGGUUCUUGAACAGACAAUCCGACCCAAGAGAAGGCACUGCCACCCAGUUGAUUGCCAAUCAGGUCGACUCCAAACUCAGAGAAGACCUUGAGAGACUCAAGAAAAUUAAGAGCAACAGAGGUCUCAGACACUUCUGGGGAUUGAGAGUCAGAGGACAACACACUUGCAGUACCGGAAGAAGAGGAAGAACAUUGGGAGUCCAGAGAAAGAAAUAAAUCUAAUAAUGCUAAAACAUAGAGGUAU